GACAGCGGCGCCAUGUUGCCGCCGUCAGUCGGUAAAGCAGCAACCUGCACUACUUUUUCAAAUUGGUAAUUUUUAUUAACUUUAAUAAAAUACAAAAAAGCUAUUUUAGGUAUUUGCGUGAAAUGUAAGUGCUAGAAAUGUUCGAAAGCAACACCGACGUCGAUUUUGGUGAUGAAUUUACGCUUGAUUUCGAACGGAUACAAAAAAAUGUCAAAAAUAAGCGACCGCUGGAAGCACCAAGCGUGGAAACGCCAAAAAAACUCAAAAUCGUCACCCUUCCGAAGAACGUAGUUAAGAGAAAAUUCCCAGGUCCUGCUGGACUAUUACCCGAUAGGAAAGACGUCGCUUCAUCGGUUAUACAAAACUCGGACCUCAAAAAUCCAGAACUAGAGAUUCCAUGCUCUCAGAUGUCUCUGUCGGUUUUCCAAAGCAGCCCCUGGGUUGACGCAAGCCGCGACUAUGAACCCCUAGUCGAUCAAUACGACAUCAAGUGGAUAAAAACCAACGCAACUUUGAACAAAUUACACAAUCAAAAGGCCCCGUUUCUGGCGGCUAUUAUUAAAAGCGUUGAGUGUUUUGAGGGCAAGAACUUGAUCGUGAAAGUUGUGCUGCGGGACGCCAGUGGUGAAAUUCAAGGGACCAUUAUUCAUAGUUUGUAUGAGGAAUACUCGAGUAAUUUAGUGGCAGGUUCUGUGAUUGUUCUAAGACAGUGUGGGGUGCUUACGACUAGUUAUAGCAACAAUCACUACUUGACAAUCACACCAAAGAAUUUAGUGACUAUUUAUAGUAAAAAUAACGACGAGAUGGUGAUUAUUAGUGUGCAGGAAAUUACAUGUGGAGAUCUGAUGGCGGAAUUAAAACAAGUGAAAGUACCGAUAGGGGGGAGGGGGCGCAUUCAGGAGAAAGAAAAUGCGCCUAGUUGUAGCCAAUUAAAUAUUAGGGGGAGUCAAGAGGAGGUGGAGGCGUGGCAAAACGCGAUGGAGGGCCUGGAUAUGGAUUCUUUUUUGGAAGACUUUUGAAAUGUUAUUUUAUAAUUGUGUAUAUUUCUGUUUAUGAAUAAGAAGUGAAGAUUUUAUUUCA